AUGAAGCAUAGGCCAGUGUGUUACUACGUAAUGGAUAACGGAGCUGUCGAAGAGCAUAAUGCUUUCUUUGAGCGCCCAGAGCCAGCUAUGAAAAAUCAUCUGAAGCCACUAUUCAUUCGAGCAAAGGUUGGUACCCAUGGUGUAAAUAAGGUCUUAGUGGAUGGAGGCGCUGCAGUUAACUUAAUACCCCAUUUCAUGCUGAAAAAGUUAGAAAUACACGAGGGUGACAUCAAACCACACAACAUGGUCGUAUCCAACUAUGAAGGGAAAGUAGGUCAAACAUUGGGGGUAGUUCAACUGGACUUGACGGUAGGAUCGAGCUGCAGGCCCACCAUGUUCAUGGUGAUCGAAGCCAAAGCUAACUACAACUUGUUGUUAGGAAGAGAGUGGAUCCAUGGCGUAGGAGCAAUCCCCUCAUCAAUGCAUCAAAGGUUAGUAUUAUGGAGAGAGGAUGGCAUUGUUGAGAAUAUAGAAGCUGACCAAAGUUACUUCAUGACAGCAGUCAAUCUAGUUGACAAGAGAAAUUAUGACAAACACUUGGCCAAGAUUGCUCCUUGUGCCCCUAACGACGAAAUCAACGAAACCAGGAAUGCACACUAUUAUAUGACCCUUCGCCAUGAUGGCAUGUAUUGGGAUAGAACAAUAGUCAGUGAAGAUGAAGGAGUCGAAGGUACUAUGCAAAGACAGCCAGCAGGCUGGGAGUUCGACAACCUUGCUCAUGAUUGA